CUGAUUUCAACGGAGCCAGCCGGCUGGGUCAGGUCGCUGUUUGACGCUGAGCCAGAAACUCCCCCUGUUCUCCAGUUUAAAUAAACACAGUCUGCCCGGUUUAUAAAACCCCGCGCUGCCCCAGCCUCUCUCCUCUCUGUGCGGAAGGCCGGGCAUGAUGGAGCUGAAGCUGAUCGCAGGGCUGGUGCUGGCGGUGGUCUGCGCGGCUCGGGCUCUGGAGGAGGAUGGCUCAGACCGGCCGCUGGUCCCCGGCGCUCCCGGAGCUCCAGUGCGCAUUUCAGAGACGGACCCGGAGCUCCUGAAGGCCGUGAGAUUCGCGGAGGAGCGGUACAACGUCGCGUCUAACGGCCUGCACAUCCGCAGAGUCAGCAGGAUCAUCUCCGCCAGUAAACAGUUGGUGAAGGGAAUACGAUACAGCAUCACAGUAGAGAUUGGGAGAACCCAGUGUAAGAAGACUGACGUUCUGCACGUUUCUGAGGAUUGUGAGUUUUUCCCAGAGUCGCACAAACAGAAGACGGAGGUUUGUUUGUUUGAGGUGUGGGACAUUCCCUGGCAGAACAAGUCCACCCUGCUGAAGCAGAAAUGCCAGCCUGCAGUUCCAAAGGAGACAAAAAUUGUGCGUGUUCCACUCACUCGCGACAAGACGACCAAGGAAUCUCUGGAGCUUCUGACAAAGUUCAAGGACUUUAUGACCACUUACAACCGCUCAUACAUCUCUCAAGAGGAGGCUCAGAAACGGCUGCGUAUUUUCCAGCAGAAUCUGAAAACAGCAGAAACCCUGCAGUCUUUGGAUCAGGGCACGGCUGAGUAUGGUGUUACGAAGUUCAGCGACCUCACAGAGGAUGAGUUUCGAAUGAUGUACCUGAACCCCAUGCUGAGCCAGUGGAGCCUGCAGAAAAAAUUGAAGCCAGCAGCCCCAGCCAGCAAAGCAGCAGCAGAGAGCUGGGACUGGAGAGAGCACGGAGCCGUCAGCCCCGUCAAGAACCAGGGGAUGUGUGGCUCCUGCUGGGCUUUCUCUGUCACUGGAAACAUUGAAGGCCAGUGGUUCAAAAAGACUGGACAGCUGUUGUCCCUCUCAGAGCAAGAGCUGGUGGACUGUGAUAAACUGGACCAGGCUUGUGGGGGUGGACUUCCAUCUAAUGCAUAUGAAGCUAUUGAAAACCUGGGAGGUCUGGAGACUGAGACAGACUACACCUACACCGGACACAAGCAGAGCUGUGGCUUUACUUCUGGAAAAGUGGCGGCAUACAUCAACAGCUCAGUAGAACUGUCCAAGGAUGAGAAUGAUAUUGCUGCAUGGCUGGUUGAGAACGGCCCUGUUUCAGCUGCCCUCAAUGCUUUUGCCAUGCAGUUCUACAGAAAAGGAGUCUCUCACCCCCUGAAGAUAUUCUGCAACCCCUGGAUGAUUGAUCACGCUGUGCUGCUGGUUGGAUUUGGAGAACGCAAUGGCAUUCCCUUCUGGGCCAUUAAGAACAGCUGGGGAGAAGACUAUGGAGAGCAGGGUUACUACUACCUGUACAAAGGAUCCAGACUGUGUGGAAUCAACAAGAUGUGUUCGUCUGCGGUGGUUAACUAGGAGUAAACUCUAGAGUGUACACAGUGCUGACAGACACAAACACAAAUCAGGAACAUGUUCAUUCAUACACAUUAACAAUAAUACUCUCGUUUAAGUGGAUAUUUGUGGCCGUACACACACACACACACACACGUACACACAAGCAGUCAUAUAUAAUUAGCAUCAUCAGCGUGUUGUUCUCACUAGCUCAAGCUGUGACUUGUGAAGUAUUCAUCUCUAGGGCAUGUUAUUGUAGGAGGAUUACCAUGCCUCUUUUCGUUUAAAAAAAUAGUGUCAAUAGGCUUUUUCACACCUGCAAUUUUGCCCACAGACUCACCCAUCUGUGAUGGUCCUUUCUGACCAUGCUGGUGUAGCACCUUCUCACCAUCUCACCGUUUUGUUAAACUCAUAUUUAAUAUGCAGCAUUUUAGACUCUAGAAUGUAGACAGAACAAGUACUUAUUUUAAUGUUAAAUGCUCCCAAUCCCCAAUCGUAAAUUAGUCUGUCACUGUCUAUUAUGUCACUAUAGACUAUAUUAGUAACAGAUAAUUAGUAAUUAUUGUGACAAAUACCAAAGUAAUUAUGGCAAAUCAGUAAGAAAAGGACUUUCAAAGAAAGGAAUUUCAGAUUAUCAAAAACAUAAAUAGUUAAGGAUGAAAUGGAUGCUUUUAAAAACACCAAAAACAUGAUAUGGCAUGGGUGAGAUCAAAUUCCAUUGUCAUGCAGUUUACAGCUAUCAGCUUUAUUUUUAAUUAACAAAUGUUUUAUUUAAAAAUGUUACUCAAGAGAAAUGACAGCCCUAGAUCAAAUGUUCUUUGCUUAGAUUUUUUUUGUUUGUUUUAACCAUGAACUAGUCAGUGAGGUUUUAGUGGGAAAAACAGGUUUUACAGCACUACAGUGUACCUGUACUUAGAUCCUGUGCUCACAGUUAGCACAUGUGCUUAGAUUGGUUAGAAUUGGUUGUUUUAAACAGGGGACCAGCAGAGAGAAAAGAAAACUUAGCUGAUCCAUCAGCAGCUCUUCUUAUUUCUGUUACAAACAGAACAUGCAACCUGCUGAUCUACAUAAAGUCAGUUGCUUUGAAAAAGAAACCUUCUUUAACAAUUGUCUUAGAUUAAAUCUUUUUAGAUACUGAUGUUUUAUUUUGUUUUUAUUUACUAAUUGUGUGAGCUAACUUUUAAACUUAUAUUUAAAUAAUGUUUCAGGAAGAAAUGAUGAAAGAAAUGAGUGAGAUUGUAGAAAAUAUUUGCUUCUGGGUUUUAUGAAGGGGGGAUUGUUCUCUUUUUUUUAGUUCAUGGUGUUGAUGAUUCAGAGGGUGAAAUUAAUUUCCGUAUUGCUGUGUCAUAAUUGGGCUCGCUGGACUGUGUAAUGCUACUGAUUCUGGAAGCUGUUCAGCAGACAUUAAACACUGCUGAGUGCUUUUUCAUUUAGUCAGGGUUAUUAAUAACACUAAUAAUUAAUUCAUUAAUAUCCUCCUGUGGUGCUCCAUAUGUGUGCUGAACAUUUUAAAUAGGAAAAUGUGAAGAUAUGGGCUGAAUGUUUACAGAUGUGUGCAGUAUUUCUUUCAUGAUAACUGAGAAUAAACUUCAGAACUGCUGUUGGUCUAAAAUGCACUUUAAGUAACUCAAAGGUAUUCAAAGGUCAUGACUCAUCACUACUCAGUACAGCACAAUACUAUUAAUAAUGUAUUAUGUGUUUCUGAUUGCUUUGCAAAUAUAUGCUGUUUAUUGCAUGGUUUCAAAGACUGACAAGCAUGGUCCAUGGUCAUAAAUGUUAGAACAAACUGCUGAAUAAAAGUUCCAAAUCUCCCAAA